AUGCCCACCUCGUCUGCCGCGCAUCUCCAGCAUCCCUCUCUCGCCAACCAUGCCGGAAGCGGCUCCCACACCCCGGGCCACCAUUCUCCUCUGACACACUACGGCCACGCACUCGCAUCGCUCGCCUAUCCAUCCUCUUCGUACUCUCCCUACCGCACCGGCCAGACACCGGGCGCGUCGUGGCCUUCUUCCAAUCCCGCUGCUCUCCACUCCAACAGCGCGACACCAUCCGCUACCAAGCGGAGUCACAGCAGAGAGACCGAGGCCGACGACGACGACGACGAUGAUGAAGAAGAAGAUGAUGAUGAUGACGACUCGGAAGACGACGACGACGAUGACGACGAUGAAGAGGAGGACGACGAAGUCGGGGACGACGUCGACGGCAGCGACGCUGGCAACACCAGCAAGGCCAAGCAGGCUGGUAGCAAACGCAAGCGCGAAGACACACCCAAAUCAGGCAAGGCGAAGAAGAAUGCUGGAUCGAAGGACAAGGCUGGCGGCGACAAGGCUGCCAACGGCAAAGAUGGCAAAGAAGGUGCGAAGAAGCAGAAGCCUACCCGCGGUGCUCGGGCCUGCACCAACUGUCGACGUCUCAAGAUGCGUUGCGUCGGCGCCGAAAAGGGCCCGCCUUGCAAUCGAUGUCGCAACGGCAACCAUGAGUGCAUCUUCGAGGAGAGCAAUCGUGGCAAGAAGGGCGGCAAGAACCAGAAAGCGGAAGCCAUGCAGCAGAGCUUGCGCAAGAUGGAGCAGACAUUGGCUACUGUCCUGCGUAGCAUCCGCGACCCCGGUCUUGCAGCGCAGCAUGGUGGCAUGGUGACACGCAGUCCUUCGCCUACUCUGCAGCGCGAGCCCGAACGCUCGUCCAAGGAGGCUCAUCGCUCGGACCCACGCCUCACCCAUUCCCAUUCCUUCUCAGGUGGAGACUACGGCCCGCGUUCUCCUUGGACCCGGGUCUCGGAUCCAUACCCCUCCCACGGCGCGCAUUCGGGUGCCUCUCCUGCCAGCGCUAGCCCUGUCAGCACCAUCAACCCCAGCGCUGUAGCGCAGAGGAGCGCCUCGUCCAACGAGGGCAGCCACAAUUCGCCCGCCAAUGUCCACGGAACUCGCUUCCUCGAGCCGCUGCCGCACCACCAUCGCCAACAGGGCCGAUCAAAUGCCGCUGGCUUCGAAAUAUCCCGCAACCGCAAUUCCCGUGGCUCGCCGCGUCUUCACUCAUUGCCGGACAACACGCUCAAUCCGCUCGGUCUUCUCGCUGAGGCCAGUCUUCACAACACCCAUCGAGCACGCAAGCUAGCUCGCAGUAAUGCCAGUAACAGCAGCCGCGACAAGGAUGGCCAGACUCCCGAUAAGGCGGUCAAAUCUGAAGGCGGCGACGAUGACUCGCCCGCAGCUGGCGCAGGUGCCGAAGGCAAAAGCAAGAUUCCGUUGGGCGUCGCUUCUCAAAACUACUUCCGUCCCGGUCCCAUGACAAUUCUGCCUCUGCGUCGCAUCAUCAUUGAGCGAGAGAUGCCUCCUGAGCUCCUGACGCUCGGCAUCGUCACAUCCGAGGAAGUACUCGACCUGUUCAGCAUCUUCUUCCGCAGGUGCACGCAGCACGUCUGCCUGCUUGAUGCCGAGUGGCACACACCGACGUUCAUCUGCAGUCGCUCGCCAUUCCUCUUCACUUGCGUCUGCACCGUUGCCGCAAAGUUUUACGAGCGCCGACCGGAUCUGCACGCGAAGUGUCUUGCGCUCACCCGCAAGGUCGCCUUUGAUGUCGUCAACCGCGGCUUCAAGAGCAUCGAGAUUGUGCAGGGCUUCCUGCUCAUGGCGCUGUACGCGCAGCCUGCCGAACGCUUCGAGGAGGACAAGACUUGGAUGUACAGCGGCAUCGCUCUUCGAAUGGCCACCGAUCUGAACCUGCAUCGCAAGAGUGUAGCGACGUUCAACCAUAGCCCUCAUCCCGACGAUCCUGCGGUGCUCGACCGCGAGCGCGAGAUCCUCAACCGCGAGCGUACCUGGUACGUGUGUUUUGCGAUGGAUCGCGGCUUGAGCAUUCAGAUGGGCAAGCCCUACACCAUUCGCGAAGAUUGGAUCGUCCGCAAUUGCCGCAACUGGGGUAGCCGAUUCAGUCGUCCUUGGGACAUCGCGGUCAGCGCGAUCGUGGACCUUUCUCGCAUCAGCUCUAGGCAGCUCGAUUUCCUCUACUCGUCCACGACGUCCGUUUCAGGACUCAACACCGAGAUCGACUACUCGCUCGUGCUGCCCGUCUUCAACGAGCAGCUCGAAGAGUGGCGCGAGGAAUGGCGAUGGCGAGGACUGUUCACCAUGCCUGACGAGGCGAAGGAGUAUAUCGAAAAGAAGAAACGUAAGCUUGCGGUAGCGGCCGAGAAGGCUGCUGCGAAGGACAAGGGAAAGGGCAAGGGCAACAAGGCGGGGCUCGAACCGGGUGCCAAAGAAGCAGACGUCAAUGGCUCUGCCGAUAAAAGUGUCAAGUACGAAUACGAGGACGACGACGCGGACGCCGAGAAUUUGGAUCUCAACACGCGCAUCAUGAUCCACCACGUGCACUCGAUCAUCGUACGCUUCAGCUUCUCCGUGUUGGUGCUCAACUCGUUCGGAUUGCAGCAGGCGGUCGACCAUCCGAUCGGUGGCAGCUUGGAUCGGGCUCAGUACUUUGCCAAGUGUCUGGAAGCCGCCAAGACGAUUGUGGCGCAGCACGUCGGACCUUGUCGCCGCAACAUGCGGUACGCACCCGAUCCGCACGUGCUGACGCUGGCGUAUGCGUGCGUGUUCCUGCUCAAGCUGAUCCGCCCCGCGUUUGCAGGGUAUGUGGAUGAGAAUUCGAUCUUGGAGCUGGUUCAGAAAGCGGUGGAUACGCUGGAGGAGGCGGCGGUGAACGAGACGCAUACGCCGUACUUGUACGCUUCAUUUUUGAAGGCGCUGCUGCAGGCGAGGAAGGAGCACACGACCGCGUCUAGGUCCGCUACGGGUAGUAGGGUGGCGAGCAGGGCUGUCACGCCGGAGGCGAUGGGUGAAGAUGCGAAGGGUGAUGGUGGAGCUAAGGCAGGGGAAGGGUUGGGGGUCGCUGCCGAGGCGAUGGGCAAUGCGGGCGGUGUGGAAGGGGGUAUACCGACGCUGGAUCCGACGCAAGAGUUUGCAGGCGCUCAACCCGGUGCAGCCGCGGUCACAGGUGCCGACGGGACGAACGUCAACUGGCCUUCGCAGAUCUUCGCCGCCUCUUCCGGCAUGGACGAGUUCUGGGGCUCGCUCCUCCCACCCGGAUUCACCCAGACUUCGAUGCACGACCUCUUCGGCGCAACCACCGCCGACGGCACGGUACCCAACGGCUCGCACCUCGCCUCUGAGACCGAAGCGGUGGAUCCGAGCUCCGCCAAGUUCGGUAUGGGUGGCGGGGGAGCGUUCGACUUUGGAGGCGGCGCGAUUGGGAACGGUAACGGCGGUGUGCCGCUCAAUAGUGCGGCGGCGAAUGCGGCGUUGGCCAACUCGAUGAGCAUGACGCCGAUGGCGAGCGGACAUUUGUCGGGCGCCAAUACGCCGCAUGGUUUUGGGAGUAGGAGCAGGAGGACGAGUGCGAGUCAUUUCGGGCUGUCUGGGAUGAACUUUGAUUUCUCGUCCAGUUGA